GCAACAGCUGUAGGGGAUGUACCUUAAAAAAUUUUGGGCGUGUUAGCGAGUCAAAGGAAAGCGAGAAAGGUAAAAGAAACUGGACAAAAAUGAGCACGAAAGACUGUAGCAAGUGAGCCAACAACCAUGGUGAGGAGCACACUCCAGACAACCCACUUCCUGACAUCAGGAGCCGGCAUGGGACGCCUGGCCAUAACCAAAAAGCUGGUGCUCUGGACGGUGCUGGUGUUGCAGGUGGGCUUCAUUGGCUGCAUUUGGCUGCUGCAGAUGGGCCGCAACCAGGAGUCGCAGCAGCGGAGUGCCCUGGACCAGAUUGGCGGCCGAGUGAACUUCAUAGCCAGCGACGGUGCAAGGAAAUCCCCCUUGGAAAGUGGAAUCCGCUGCGCUCGGCCGCAGGAAAAUGUCAAUCGCUACGACAGGGACUUUUACCAAAUGAAGCCGAACCAGGUGAACGAAUCCCACUUGCCAGACUACAACGUGCCCGCCUAUGUGGACGCCGAGAUGGGCCUGACCCCCGCUCUUUGGUGUUAUCGCGAGGGCACCAUAAACGAGAGCCUGCGACUCAAUGAUGUGGACUACUUGAUGUCUCCGCCGCAGUGCAAAUGUGAAAGCGGCUGGCACGGAAGGGAUUGCGGCCAACCUGAGAUCAUAUGGCGAACACUAAUGACCUCCAGUCGGGCCAGUAAACGAAGCGGCAGCACACCCUUGCAACUAAGCGAGGCCAGUUCCACUUCGCUGCACCGCCUGUUCUACAUGCUAGAAUUGGGGGCCUGGGACCACCUGAGUCUAGAGCUCUUGGAGUUGCAAAUCCGAGCCCUCUUAGAGGUGGUGGACUACUUCCUCAUAUACUAUGUGAGCAACGGCAGCAAGGAGCGGAGUCUGGAGAACAUGCUGGACAGCCGAAGCAACUACGCGCUGCUCCGCUGCUCUUCCGAGAGCGACUGCAGCAGCUCCAAGGCCUACAGUCACUUCCGGCGCCAGCUGUGGCAGCAGUGCGGCGUGCAAAUGCAAGCUCAGGACCUACUGCUCCACGGGGACAGUGGAACUGUCUAUGCGCCUGCGGCUCUCAAGUUUCUCAAGUACUAUGCCAAGGAUGUUCUUCCACUGAAAUUCCGUUUGAAAUACAACGUGUACGGAUUCUACUGGCAGCACCCGAAAAAGACCCUGCUGAAUGGGGUAAUCAGUUCCUUGGGGCACCUGCACAGUGCCCAACUGGACGCCCAACGACCGCAGCGGCUGGCGAGCAGCACGUUGGGCGACCUCAACCACUAUGGCGGAUGGAACUGCGAGUUGUGUCUGCCCCCCGAACAGAUUGUGCUCCUGCUGCAGAGCUCGAGCAAGCAAAAGUUACCUGUGAAGCUACCCAACGACACCCGAAAUGCGCACAUCGAUGCCACCUAUAUGCAGCUGUUGAUAGCCAAUGGAGGUCACAUCGAUGGCACCACCCAGUUGCUCCGGUUGCGAGAGCAGAGCGAAAAGUAUUUCGCUCCGGAGGAGGCACUAAUGCAUAGCAGCAAGUAUGGCGAGCUGUUAGUCAAUCUGUACGAUGCGGACGACCUAGAGGAUCUACAGGAGGAAGAGUAAUUACACCUGCCACAGUCUGACUUGGGCAUAGAUCUACGUAUAUUUAUAUAUUUAAAUGUGCCUGCUUUCAUCAUAUCUUAAUCUGCCUAAUCCACACAUGCACAUGCCCUUCUGUGUUUUUGGCCAAACGAAUUCAAAAUUUAGUAUCUCAGCAGACAGGACAGACAGACCCGCCAUCUGUGAUAAGAAAGCCACACCUAAACAAUGAAUUUAAGAAAGGGAACCGAAAUGAGCAACUGAGAGUGAUCUCAAAUGUGCUGCAAAUAAGUUGUGAAAUUUGGUUAAACAAAAUUUAACAUUAUUUUUAAGAUAUAUUAAGAAAAACACACAUGAUCUGUAUGAGAAAGCUUUCAAGACAUACUUUAAAUAAUAAUACAAAUUAUCAAAGGACAAACUAA